AGACGAGAUACACAAACGAACAUCCCACCAACGUCAACUCUUCCAAACACUGCUUCAAACAACUCUACCAUGCCGCGUCAACGCGCUGCUUCAGGUGCUUCAACUGAAUCCUCUAGGUCCGCUCCAGAAGACCAGGAACUCGGUAGUCUGUACGAUUACCUUGCAAAGAUCAUAUUACUGGGACCGAGUGGGUGUGGAAAGUCUUGUUUGCUGCAUCGGUUCGUCCGGGGAGAAUGGCGAAUUCUAUCGUCGCAAACCAUCGGGGUGGAAUUCUCUUCGAAGAUAAUCAAAGUUGGUACGGGCUCCCGCCGUAAACGCAUCAAACUCCAACUAUGGGACACCGCUGGGCAAGAGCGCUUUCGAUCUGUUACUCGCUCUUACUACCGCGGCGCUGCUGGCGCUGUCCUUAUCUAUGACAUUACGUCUCAUCCAAGUUUUACUUCGCUGCCGACCUUCUUGACAGACGCCCGGGCCCUGGCUUCACCAAACUUGACGUUGCUCCUCGUGGGCAACAAACAGCAAGUGGAGGUAGUGGAGAGAGCUGUGACGACAAAUGAAGCAGCCCGCUGGGCCUCCCUUCAGGACAUACCCGUCACGAUGGAAACGUCGGCACUGUCCGGUGAGAAUGUGGAUGAGGUCUUCACUAGACUUGCGCACAUGAUAGUGACCAAGAUUGAGCUUGGGGAGGUAGACCCUGACGACCCGAUGAGUGGGAUUCAAUAUGGGGACUCGGGCGGGUGGGUGGACGCCUCCGGGAGCACAAGAAAAAGGAAGGGCCCCGGAAGAGUCAUGGCAGAUGGUUUCAGCGCCGGCUUGAGAGAGUGGGAGGAUGUUUUUAGAGAUUCGAGCGGCGGGAGGAGACGAAAAUGCUGUUAGAUGUAUUAAUUUGAAUAUAGCGUGCGCAUGCGGAGUUGUACAGGCCGCACGAGAAGAGGAGUUCUAUAUCUUUCAGGAUAAUGUGAGCUUGUGGAGGUAUGGUACAGUGGUAUCUCGCGUUCCUUUCUUCUAUAUCCCCUUCUCUCUCUCUAUUCCUCUGUUUUCUUUUAUUUCCUAUCCUCCGCGGGGUUUCUUUUAGCAUUUUUCUGUUAUCAUUUUUCUUCAUUCCGUCAUGCUUUGGAGAUGCAUCUUAUGACUGCCACUUAUCUUAUUCCAUCCGUAAUGCAAUAAAACCUACUUCCCUAUUUG